AUGUCAACCAUACCUAAAAAGAGGAAUAGGAAGAUUUUAGUAUGUUAUAAUUGCAGACUGAAAAAAAACAAAUGCGAUAGACAACUUCCUUGUUCUUCAUGUAAAAGAUUAGGGAUUGAUGAUAGUUGUAAGUAUUCAGAUGAAAAACCCAAAUCUUCUACUAUCAACUUUCCUUUACCGCCAACCACCAAUAAUGAUCAAGUACCAGCGAUUAAAAGAUAUGAAGCUGUGGCAAUCACAAGAUCAUAUCCUUAUUUACCAACAUAUUCAAAAGAUCCGGCGGUGAAUUUAUUAUGGAAAUACUGGUUAUUUCAAUUUAGAGAUAUUCAAUAUAAUCAGUUUGUAUUGGCAACAUCAUCUCUUGGAGUUCCUGCUGCCAAAUUAAAUUUUGAAACCAAAUAUUUCCCGGAAAUUACUGAUCCCAUAGAGUAUUCCACCUUCACUAGUGGCUCAGUAAGCAUAAGAUCGAUUAUAGGUAAAGUUAAUCAAUAUGGUAAGACUGUUGGAUUAGUUUACGAUCAAGAUUUCCCUCAUAAUCUGUCAAUAAUCGAAAGAAUCAAAUAUAUUUUACCCAAUGAAUUACAAUUGGUUAAUUUACAUAAAAUUUUCUUUGAAAAGAUUGCAGAAUUUGUACCAGUUAUUGAUGAAUUUGAACAUUAUGAACAAUUGAAAAACUUAUUUGAUAUAAUAACACCAUCAACGAGGAAAAUCACCAAAAUCAAUAUCAAAUUUAAACAGCAUUAUACUAUAUUAGCACAGAUUUUAAUUAUAAAUCGAAUUGCUUAUGUUUUCAUGGUUUUGAAUAACAUUUCUACUGAUGUGGUAGUUCCAGUAGAUUCAGUCCGACUUGCCGAACAUUGUAUUGAGACUCAUGGGUUAUUAAAUCAACCAACAUUAUCAUGUUUACAAUCUUUGACAUUACUUCAAUUUUAUAGACUCGUAGCACCAGAAAAAUUCCAAGGUUAUGUAAGUGAACCUGUUUUAAGAGGAAAUAUCAUGGAAAUGGCAAUAACUUUGGGUUUCCAUAGAGAUAGUACUAAAUUAAUUCUUGAAUCUAUUGAUCCAAAAAUUAAUAAUUUACGGAGAAAAAUAUGGUUUCAUAUUUAUCAAUCCAAUAUUCUCCAACAAUCGUUAUUCCCAACAAGUCCAUCACCAGUAAGUCGAGAGUUCGAUAUUUCAUGGCCCCAUUUUGAUUACACUAUAAAUAACUAUCGUAAUCCACUAGUUGAAAAACAUAUUAUUGAUGGUUUCUUAUUCUCUGCUCCAAUAGUGGAUAAUUUAGUUAAAUUUUUAGAAUCUACCCAAAAAUUACAACCUGAUUUCACUAAUUUGGAUGAAAUGGCAGACACUUUUGGAACGGGAACUGAUAAUUUCCUAGGUAGUUUUGAUGAGUUAAUGGAAAUAACACCGGGAUUUUUCAAAAUUACCGGGUUCAGAAACUUUAUCUAUGCAAAAUUAUUCUUAACUGUCACAUAUUUCAUAAACUUCUUGAAUAAAGAAGAAUUAGGUGAUCAAGAUAAAGCAAAAGCAUGUUUUACCACCGUUUUACAUCUUAUUUUCGAUGUUUUAGGUAAAUUUAGUCCUAAACUUCUUAAAGAUCCCAAAACCAGAUUUGGAGAAAUGUUUUAUUUAGUUAUUUUACCCUUGUUGACUUUGGUGUACAAUUUACUUCUUAUCAUUUGCAUAGGAUUGAUUUUGAGAAUCAAAUGUACUAUAUUAUUAACCAAAGAUCCAUCUACUAUUGAUAAAUUGAAUGAUUGGAUCGAUAUACUCAAAAAGUUUUGUCUUAUUAGAAUCAAGUACUUGAUAGAAAUGAGUGUUUAUAGUCAGUUUGCUAUCAAAAUUUUGAAAAUUCAUUUAUUCCAUAUUUUGAUGAUUUUUGAUGAUAAUGGGAUUUAUAAACUUUUAAAUAAUGAAGUUAAGCCAUUAUUCUUAAAUUUGAACUAUGAUGAAGUAGUUGACAUGAUGGCUAUAUGUAAAAAUGUUGUUGAAAAUGAAAUCAUUGAUGAUGUAAACUGUUUCACUGUUAAUGAUAUACUUAAACUUGAUUUAAAUUGUAAUUUGAAAUUAGCUAGUUAUAUGAGAUCAGAUAAACUAUGGAAUAGUGUAUCGAUUUUGAGGUUAUAUAAUGAAAUUAAAGUCCCAAAGGAUAAUGAUGGUAAUGAUGAUGAUGAUGAAUUUGUAUUUAAUAAUCCUUUAUUUGUUUCUAUACCAACAUUUAGAGGUUAUUUUGGUUUGCAUUUAGAAUGA